CACUCCUCACGCUUCUGUAGCUUUAUUGCAAAUUGUUGGCAAAUUGAAUAUAUCAAUAUAUAUUAUAACAGAAUAUAUGAUAUAUAGUUGUGGGACCUUGUUGCUAAUCGUAGAUUAUUGGCAUAUGUGUUUGGUGUUGCAAGACGUUGUCUUCUUGGUCUUCUUCUAAACGUUAAACGUAGCUCAGGAAGAAAUCCAGGUUUGACUAUGGCUGAUGAUGGUGAUGCCAAGAAAGACGAGGGAGAGAAGAAGGUGGUGCACACAUAUCCACUUUGCCGGCAAUCGGACAUGCCUGAGGAGAUGAGGACCGAGGUGAUGGAACUGUGCGUCACGGCCUGCGAAAAGUACUCAUCCAACAACGAGAGUGCCGCCCGGAUGAUAAAGGAGGCGAUGGAUAAGAAGUACGGAGCCCCGUGGCACACGGUGGUCGGCGAGGCGUUCGGCUUCGAGGUCUCUCAUGAGUGUAAACACCUUCUCUACAUGUUCUUCGGAGGAAAUAUGGGUAUAUGUGUGUGGAAAUGUAACUAAGUGUCCUGCAUCAGGGAUCAUGUACUUUACCUCGCUCUGGUUAGUUGGCUAUUAAAAAGCGUCAUUUUGAUGAUCUGGUAUGCACAUGAAACACGUUCAUGCAAAUGUGUCGUCCACCCAUUACUGAACAUUCCAUUGGAUGGUGCAUCCUGCUGAUGAUAAUUUGUACAUUUUGUACAGUUCAAUGCGAGCGAUAUUCUGCUGUGAUAUUCUCCGUUCAUUGUUGUUUUUAUAUUUCCAAAGCGUGUUCAACUUUAUAUCAUAGUGAUGUUUCUUUUGAAUAAAUGUUCCUUAUGAUGA